ACAAAAUUGUACGGAUACCGCUAAUAUUCGAAACCAAGAUCAAGAUGGAUACCAAGAGUCGAGAGAAAAAAAUUUACAAAGUAUGUUCUAAACAAGUACUAAGAUAAUCCAAUAUGGUUUACAGUGAGGAACGUGAUAGCCUGUUGCAGGCAAGCCAAAGGGAUACACCUUUUGAAACUCGCAAUAUUAAUGAUCUAAUCGGUGAUGGGAGUGACAUGAUAUCCAGAAGCCGGUCUGUCAUGGAGGGAAUAAUAAAACACACAAGUGGAGAUUUGGAGCCUGCUUUUGAAAGAGAUACAGACCCUGCAUCAAUAGAUUUGAAAGCUUCCAUUGAAGGAGAUGAACUGCUGACAAAUAAAAUUGAGAAUUCACAUCCGUCAGAUCAGAUUCAUAUUCUGUGUUUUAAAUCUCAAAUUCCUAAGAAAAAGCUCGAAAAAAUUGCUGCAUUAUCUAUUCAUGAGAAUAACUUGGGUAAUAAUGAUAGCCCCAAACUAAUAGAACUUUUGUCAUUAUUAGAAAACGAAGAUAAACCCAUCGUAGCAUUAUAUAAUAUGAUCAGAUGGACUAAUUGCCCACAAGAUGUAAUAAAAUCUCUAAAAAUGCUCAAAUAUUCUGAUGUUACCAUUGGUAUGAGAUAUUUAGAUGUAUCGUUUUAUUCAGGCAAUAAGACGAAAAACUUGUCUAAAUAUAUGACUCUUUUUGAGGUUAAUGUAAGUUCUCUGAAUAAAAGCAUAACAUUAAAAUGUCCAGGUGAUGAUAUUGAAGAUGUUAUAAAAGAAAAUGUCAGUAGUAAUACAAUUCAUAAGGCUGAGCUCUAUCGAGUGGAUUCUAGCUGUAAAACAAGGAAACUACCCAAGGGAUAUCUAAAACUGUACCAAGCCAGGAAUAAGUUAGAGGAAGAAAACCAAAAUGAAGAAGCAAAACAUAGUAGACAAAUAUCAGGAAAGAAAAAGGAACAAGAAAAACAAAAAUCAGCAGUUAAAAAGAUCGAUUCAGAAAUAAAAAAGGAAAAAGUCUCGAUAAUAUCAAUUGCAUUAUAUGGAAAUUCGGAGGACUGGCCAAUGAUGGUGGUAAAGAAAGCAUCAAGUACGGCAGUUCCGCCUUUGACGAGACCCCCUCUGUUUUCUAUUUGUGAAAGCAAGCGACUUAUGAGAGAAGAUGUUGGUCUACAGUUUACAAAUACUGAAGUGGCAUUGCCUUUCUUGACAAUGGUUCUGAAGGAAAUUCUGCCAAAGAAGCUUCAUUUUCAUCAAAAAGCUGCACCAGAUCGUAUUCACAUGCCUGAUGACUGCCGAUUUGAACAUUUAUCAUUGUUUAAACAUUUUGGCAUGUCUCCCUUAGUCAACAUUUACAGUUAUCCCAUAUCUUUUUUACAGGAUUCCGAAGUGGAUAGCAUGAUGGAGAAUAACUUUAACCGUCUCGCAUCGUUUAAGGAUUGGCCUUUGAGCGCGCCUGUGUCUGCAUUGCGUCUUGUGGACUCAGGAUUUUAUUUUGAUGUUCAACGGAGGGAAGUAGCUUGCUAUUCUUGCAGGCUUCUUAUUGAAAUGGGGGAUCUAAGUUCUGAACUUCGAAAUGACACUGUUUUAAACAUGCAUCUAAGAUUGUCUGAAAACUGUCCUCAUGCUCUUCAGCAGAAACGAGAGAAAGAGCAAUCAGGUGGUUUCUUAUUUCCUUUCCUUAGACCCAAAAGUGAAAUGGACAGUACUUUGUUAAACACCGCAAGUGCCAUUCAAAAGGAUUACAUUCAAAAUCCAUUGCCAGAGAUCAAUCGUCUAGAAAUAAAUGAGAAAAACAUCUCCAAUUCAUCAUUCAAUUUUAACUCCCAAAAUGAGAUGCCUAAUCGAACUGCUAAAAAGAACUUUAGCAUUUUUGAGAAUGUUGCAGAUUCAAAAACAGGGGACAGUGGGUUUGGUUCACAAUCAAAUUUUGGUAACUCAGUAGGGAGCAUUGCUAAGGCUUCAGGUUUCCCUAUUCAGACAGAGACCCCUGAUUCACUAAGCUAUAUGCCAAUAUUAAGCGAAAGUAACCUUCAGCCUAGUUCCUUGUUUGGGGAUCCCAUUAGCUCAUCUUCUAUUUUAAAAGAGGAAGAAAUUUCUCCAAGCCAAGCUAUAACGGCGAAUGAAACCAGCGAAAAACAGGUAUCUCCCAUCGUUAGUACCACACUGCCCGAGGAAGACCAGUCCUACUCCAUUAGACACCAUGAGUACAAAACAGUAGAAGCAAGACUCAGGACCUACUCCAACUGGCCACUGAACGACAAACAAAGCAAAGAGGAUUUGGUGAUGUGUGGGUUCUUUUAUACAGGGCAGCAAGAUAUAGUCCGCUGCUUUUCCUGUGACAUUGGACUGGCAGAGUGGGAUGAAACGGACAAUCCGUGGUCAGAACACGCAAGACAUUCACCUCACUGCAAAUACCUCAAAAAGAUGAAAGGCCAGGAUUUCAUUAACCAUGUACAACAGGAUUGGAGAAAGAUCUACAAUCCAAAAACUCCGGAUAUGCAAAAUCUGAGUAAAAGAUUUGAAACAUUUACAAAUUGGCCAACAACAAACACCCAAACUCCAAAACAAGUAGCAGAAGCAGGAUUCUAUUUCACAGGUGAAGAGGAUGCUGUGCGUUGUCACUACUGCGAUGGUGGAUUACGAGAAUGGGAACCAGGUGAUGAUCCAUGGACUGAGCAUGCCCGUUGGUUCCCUUUCUGCAAGUUUGUGAUGAAGAUCAAAGGCAUCCAGUUUAUUGAGGAAAUACAGCAGAGAUACAUGUAUGAGACGGGAGCUGGUAAUCUAGAUUCUCCUCCAGCAUCAGGAUACAAUGUCUCGGGCAAAGCCAAGCCCUCAGAGGAAGACAACAAUCCACUCAACUCUCCAGCAGCUCAAAGUGUACUAGGCAUGGGAUACUCCAAGGUCAAAGUUCAAUAUGUCAUCGAUAAAUUUGUGGCAGAAAAAGGUCACAGUAAGUUUGAUGCUGGUGAAUUGUUAGUCAUUCUUUUGGAUAUGGAGGAUAGUGGAGAAACUUUUCCCCCUGAAACAUCAGCUCAGUCAAGUACUUCAAAGCAGACCUCCAAACUCCCAGACAUUUACAAAGCAGACUCAGAGAGUGACUCGGAUGUUGAUCCAGAAGUCAUUGAGGAAGAAAACCAAAUGUUAAAAAAGCAACUCCUUUGUAUAAAGUGUGAGCAGGCUGAGAGAGUCAUAGUGUUCACUCCCUGUGGACACAGGCUGGUGUGUAAGGCCUGCGCCGACCCGAUGAAGAGGUGCAUCAAGUGCAGGAAGAAGAUCCAGAAAAAGGUCAAGACAUUCCUUUGUUGAUACUGACCACCCAUUGACAAGUUUUCAUCAAGUUGCAUGAAACAGAAGGAAUAAAAAAAUGAAUUCCAAGGAAGCUGGAAUAGAUAGAUCUAGCUGGUGAAAGCAGUUGCAUGCAAUCUACAUACCCUGUUAUUAAGUAGAUUGUGAAAGACAUAUAGCUCCAAGGUAAGAACAUGGGAGGACUUUAAGAAGUGUCCUUUGGUCAGUAUGGUACUACGACUUAUUCAGAAUCUGUUGAUUUUUUGUGCUUACAUUGUUUUUAUUGACAAGUAAAUUGUGUUUGUUCUGGACUCUCAAAGGCUGAUACUCCUGCUUUGUGUGGGAUUAUGAGUGCAGCCUUGUAAUACUAAGUAUCAAGAUUGUGUCAGGUUUUAUCUUGUAAAUCAUCAUCUUUGCAGCUUGUCAACAAAAACAUUGCAAGUACUCCACCAUGAAAUACAAACAUUUUGUUUGAUAAAAUUGAAGUCAUAAGACGUGUCAAAAAAAAAGCGUUGCAAGUU